AUGUCGGAGGGUGAGAGCAAGGACAGCUCGGGCAGCGAGUGCCCCGUGUGCUACGAGAAGUUCCGGGAGCUGGAGGGCGCCAGCCGGACGCUGAGCUGUGGCCACGUGUUCUGCCAUGACUGCCUCGUCAAGUACCUGCUCUCCACCCGGGUGGACGGGCAGGUCCAGAGGACCAUUGUCUGCCCCAUCUGCCGCUACGUCACCUUCCUCAGCAAGAAGAGCUCCCGCUGGCCGUCCAUACUCGAUAAGAGCUCUCAGACCCUGGCUGUGCCCGUGGGCCUGCCCUCCACGCCACCACCGGACAGCCUGGGCCACACAAACCCCCUGGCUACGUCCCAGCCUGUCUGGAGGCCAGCCCCGAGCCCGGCGAGGCUGCCGGGCAGCCCGGGUCAGACUGCCCAGCUCCCCUUGGACCUGCUGCCCACCCUGCCCCGGGAGUCGCAGAUCUUCAUCAUCAGUCGCCACGGGAUGCCCCUGGGGGAGCAGGACAGUGUGCUGCCGCGGCGCAGCCUGGCAGAGCUCUCGGAGGUCUCCCCGGCACCCAGUGCCACCCGCUCGUUCUGCUGCCGGUCUCGGGCCCUCCUGCUCAUCACCCUCAUCGCCGUGGUGGCUGUGGUAGCCGCCAUCCUGCCCUGGGUGCUGCUGGUGAGGAAACAGGCAUGA